AUGUCUGCGAGUAAGAUCGUGUGCCGUGUAGGACCUGCCAAGGACGAGAAGGGAGAGAUUAUUGUCACGACCAAGUCUGGAGGGCUCGGCACCUCCACCGUUUCAUUUAAGCUGCUAAAGCCAGAACGCAUUGGUAUCCUGGACCAGUCCGCUGUGUGGGUGGACGAGAUGAACUACUACGAUAUGAGGACCGACCGCAACAAAGGCCUGUCCCCCCUCUCCCUGCGACCCAGCAAUCCACUGGGCAUCGACAUAGACAAAGGAAAGAUCCCACAGAAGGACAUGGAGAUGACGUUUCCUGGGAUGAGCGGGGAUUUUACCAGUGAGAACUUCUCAGCGACUUGGUAUCUGAUGGAAAACCACUCAGGCACCAGUUUUGAGCAGUUGAAGAUCUCAGCCAAUAAUUUGAAAAAGCAAGCAAAUAAGAAAAACGAGGGCAGCUUGGCCUACGUGAAGGGCGGCCUUAGUACGUUCUUUGAGGCCCAGGACGCUCUUGCAGCUAUUCACCAAAGACUGGAGUCUGAUGGAACAGAAAGAGUGGAAGGAUCCAUGACUCAGCGACUGGAGAACAUCCUCAACAGGGCGAGUGAUACUGCAGAUACACUGUUCCAGGAGGUUUUAGGGCGUAAGGACAAGGCGGACUCGACACGCAAUGCACUCAACGUCCUUCAACGCUUCAAAUUCCUUUUCAACCUGCCUCUCAACAUUGAACGCAAUAUCCAAAAGGGGGAUUAUGAUGUGGUUAUUAACGAUUAUGAGAAAGCCAAAUCUCUCUUCGGCAGCACUGAGGUCCCAGUGUUCAAGAAAGUUUAUGCAGAAGUUGAGACAAGAAUUAACUCUCUACGAACCCUUUUGUUGGAGAAACUGCUUCAGACUCCAUCAACGCUACACGAUCAGAAAAGAUAUAUCAGAUAUCUGUCGGACCUGCAUGCUCCUGGUGACCCAGCCUGGCAGUGUAUCUACGCUCAGCACAAGUGGAUCCUGCAGCUUAUGCAGACCUGCAGAGACGAGUUUAUCAAUGGACAAAGAGUGGGUGUUGGUGCUCUGGAGCAGGAGGGAGAUACCCGUUCAUCUGCUCUGAGUCGCCUGGGCCACUACUCCUCCUUGAAGAGAGGGGGCAGCCUGCGAACACCACGGCCCAGCACCUGGAGGUUUGAAACGCCUCAGCAGGUACAGUUUGUGGAGAAGUUGUCAGAUGUGGUGAUUGGUCAACUGCCAAACUUCUGGAAGCUUUGGAUCUCGUACGUCAAUGGAAGUCUGUUUAGUGAGACUGGGGAAAAAUCAGGACAAGUGGAAAAAUCCAAGAAAAAUGCCAGGCAGAGACAAAACGACUUCAAGAAAAUGAUAGAAGAGGUGACCCAUCGUCUGGUGAGACUAAUCCGGGGUGCUUUGCUCACUGGCACACUCCCACCUCAUGAGCAGAGUCUGUAUGGAGGCUGGGAGAACAAGGCCGAUCUGACCGGACACUGGAUGACGCAGAUCAUUCACACUGUCAGGAGUUGUCAUGAAGCUCUGUCAAUGCUGGAGAUUCCAAACGAUCUCCUGCAGGUGCUCCAGGAUCUGCUGGUGGAUCUGAGAGUGCAGUGUCUCGUGGUCACACUCCUCACCACCACUGAAGAUAUAAAGCGGCUGGCUGAGAAGGAAGACUGGGUUGUUGACAAUGAAGGAAUCACCAGCCUGCCGUCACAGUUUGAACAGUGUAUAAUCCAAAUGUUGCAGUCCCUUAAAGAGCCCAUGGAAAUCAAACCAGGAGAGAUCAAUGUGUUGCAGGUGGACCAGGUUCAGGAUCAGGCCGCAGAGCUCAGCGUGAAGAUUAUGAGGGUUUUUGUCAAUUGCUUGGAUCAUUUAAGCACAAAGACUGAUGCAGAAAUCAAUGCAACUCUCAACGUUGCCAUGGACCUGUCGUCUCCAGAGCGCUUCAGUGGCGUUCAGGACGAGUCGAGACCCACAGCUGAACAGCGUCUGCUCAUCAUUCUCAGCAACUGCCAAUAUUUGGAGAGACACACUUUCCUGAACCUCGCAGAUCACUUUGAGAAACACGGCUUCACCGGGACUGAAAAAAUUACCCGGGUGAGUGUGGAAGCCGUCCGAGAGUUGGACAGAAAACUUUUUGACGCUUACAUCGAGAGACGAGCGGACCCCAUCGCUGGAGCCCUGGAGCCCGGCAUUUACGCUGGAUACUUUGAUUGGAGAGAUUGUCAGGCACCCACAGGUGUAAGGAACUACUUGAAAGAGGCCUUGGUUAAUAUAAUUGCAGUUCAUGCCGAGGUUUUCACGGUUUCGAAAGAUCUGGUACCAAGGGUUUUGUCUCAGAUCGUGGAGUCCGUUGCAGAUGAGAUGUGUCGCCUGAUGCAGUGUGUGUCCUCCUUCAGCAAGAACGGAGCUUUGCAGGCUCGUCUAGAAAUCUGUGCUCUGAAAGAUGCCAUUUGUGCUUACCUGAACUCUAAAAGCCUUGUGAACUUCAAAUAUGCUCUGGACACCCUUCCACAGCUUCAGAGCGGGGCUGAUAAGAAAUUACUGGAAGAGCUGUUAAACAAGUUCAAGAGCUCGAUGCAGCUGCAGCUCACCUGCUUCCAGCCGUCCUCCGUCCAGCCCAUUAAGAGAUAA